ACGCGUCACUGCUUGUUUGUCUUCCGACGUGCUUUGACGUUAGAUUUGUUCCCACUUGCGUUAUUAACAGUUAUUAACGCGUACGAUGCGUUAUAACCAGCGCUGUUGACUCGGACAUGUCCGAAGGGCAGUAAUAAUAAGCGUGUUCAGCGGAUGUCAGGAUGAACUGGAUUUUCCCGCUGUCUAAGGGCUCUGGGGCGGUUCCGCCUUUAAACAGUUUACAGAAACAAAGACAGCGACAGAUCGAGUCCCUGAAAGCUGCGCAUUCUACUAUCGCAGAGAUCCAGAAAGAUGUGGAAUACCGGAUUCCUUUCACCGUCAACAACUCGACCAUCAGCGUCAACAUAUUGCUUCCACCACAGUUCCCUCAAGAGAAGCCUGUGAUCACUGUGUAUCCUCCUGUGGGUCAUCACUUAGUGGAUGGGAACAAUGGCACGGUGGUCACCAGCCCCCUCAUCACCAACUUCGGGAUGCACUCAGAUCUCGGGAAACUAAUCCAGAGCUUGCUGGAUGAGUUCUGGAAGAGUCCCCCGGUCCUGAUGUCCGGGGCACCAGCUUUCCCGUUCAUGUACAAGCCACCGUACCCUGCACAGAACUUUCAUUUUGUCCCCACCUUCUCCGGCCAGGACCCCCAGCGACCCGUCUGUCCCCCCUCUCACCCUCCGCCCCCGGGAUCAGAGACCCAGCAGGCGCAGAACCGUCCUCCUGCACCGACGUACGGGCUGAUCACGGAGCUCCUGCUGCCCGUCCCCAUGGCCGACUCACAGGUCCUGCGCUGGACCGGACUGAAUGGUCACAUCUACAAGAUGCCCGAAAUCCCCGACUCGUUUCCAGAACUUUCCGACAUGAGUGUGUCUCAGCUGAAGGACAUGAUUCACGAUGAAGACGUCCUGCUGGAGUAUUUUGCGUGUCUGCCUCAGCUCAAACAGGUCUCCAGUGAUAAAGAAGAUCUGGUGAACACCAUUGUCACUGUGGCCAAAAAGAACUUGCAGUUGGAGCCUCAGUUGGAAGGGAAGAGACAUGAGAUGCUGUACAAAGCUGAGCAGCUGACCCAGAUGCAUUCAGCGUUCCAGACCAAAAUGCAGAGACAGCAUGAGCUCAGUGAGAGCUGCAGUCUGAGUGCCCUACAGGCAAGGUUAAAGGUCGCAGCCCAUCAGGCCGAGGAGGAGUCUGAGGAGACGGCCGAGAACUUUCUGGAAGGAAAGACGGAGAUUGACGACUUUCUCUCCAGCUUCAUGGAGAAGAGGACGCUUUGCCACAGCAGAAGAGCUAAAGAAGAAAAACUUCAGCAGUCCAUCAGUGAUCACGGACAUUUCCCCUCUGCACACUAGUCUCGCUACUGGUUUUGGUACUAAAGCAGAACGCUCAGCCUCCCGACAAACACACAGCAACGCAGAUCCUCCUGCGAGUGACUGGAGCUUUUCACCAUCAGCUGCAGAUCGGAGCGUGAGCUGAUGCUGAACUUCCCAUUGAUGUUCUCGGAGUGCUUCAGUGAGGCUGUAGAAGGUGGUGUUGUUCCCGUGGUGGUGUUCAGAGUAUUAAAUCAGCCUUUUGCGUUCUCAUUAGCACACUCUGAAUACUGACAACGGGUUUCUUUGGGUUUGGACCUUUCUUGCACUUGAGAAUGUGAUAUUUGCCGACGCUGCCAGAUUCACCACGAAAAUACUGUAUUUAAUAAUGUUGAUAAUAGGCUUUAUUAUAAUCAGACAUUGUAUUAUAAGUUUAUUUAAUUUGAUAGGCUAAUAAAAUAUUUCCAAUAAUCA